AUGGCUCUUAAGAAGGGAGCGUCUCUCCAGACAAAUUCACCCGAUUUCCCACCUUCAGCUGGCGUAUCAGAUCCAAAAAGAUCGAUUAAAUCUGUUUGUUCAGACAAGUUGAUCCGGAUCAAGUCGUUUCCAGUGGCCUUAGCAAUGGCAGAAAUCAAACUGGUCUUUCCGACACCGGGACUACCUUCCAACAAGAUCGGUUUAUGUACUUGCAUAGCUCUGAUCACACGCAUGGCAUUGGACGAAGUGGUUGGAGCGUGCAAUAAGAAAUCGUCAAUAGGAUUGGAAAUCACUCUUGGAAUUGUGAAAGAUCCAGCUGAUAAAGUUUCAGAUUCCAAUGAGAUUUCAAAGUCGGACAAGUAG